CGGGAUGUCCUUAUGUUCUGCACACGCUAUUGUACUUAUGGGGAUCGCAAGUACCUGAUGUCCACCUCAUUCAACUGUUCCCUUUGUGCUCCUUCUCGUCCUUCCCAUUCAACCAUGCUGUGCACAUCAUGACCCACAGCGGCCCUGACGAUCGCAUCACCUACCAUGCGCUCAUCCUACCCCACUUCGCCUCGUGUUCUCGUUAUUGUUCCUUCCUCUUGUUCUUAUAGCUAUAUCUGGGUCUUCCCCUUGUUCUUUUAUCCGAUUUGCUAUCUGUUCACUUCGCCGCUAUCCCAAUCCCGACCUAUCAUAACUCCAGCCUUCACAUUCUUCUCUACCCCCCUUCAUGUAGCUCUUUUCCUUGCUGCGGUUCAUUUUCCCUUGAUCGCCGUCCAUACGUACAUCGGCCUCAAGGCUAUUGCGAUGCUGUCAUAGCCUGCUAGACGUCGUACUCACGCUCUUCACAGGAUCCUCGUUCAGUGCGUCUCGCGCGCGCGGCACUAGCGAUGCGACAUGG